AUGGCCACUUGGCCCUGGACCUGGCUUCAUCCCGACUCUCCUGCCACCGGGGCUGUCUUGGGAGUGAUAAUUAUAGCCUAUGUGAUUGUCCAGACCAGAGCAAGGAUCCGGAAUCCAUCCCGACUGCCAGUCUUCAACGACCGAAAAUGGUUCGAGCUGGGCUAUAGCAAUGCGAAAAAACGGUAUCUUGCUGAUCCGGCCGGACUCAUCCGGUCUGGGCUGAAAAGUGGCGGAGACGCGUUUUACCUCUGCACAGAUUCACACUUCCGCUUGAUUCUGAGCCCUAAGUACGCAGAUGUGAUUCGCAGUGAUGACAAGCUUGAUUUAGGGUUGUUUCUAGGCGGGGACUUCCAUGCCGGGAUCCCGGGUUUCGAGCCACUCUCGAACAUAGCCUUGGAAUCAAAGAUUAUACAGACUACUGUCCGAGCGAAACUGUCGCCCCAGACUCCCAAACUCAUCGGUCCACUUUCCACAGAAGCUAGCAGGGCUCUGGAUCGGAACUGGACUCAAAAAUCCGACUGGCACCAAGUCAACCUGAGAAGCUCCGUAAGUCAGAUCGUCGCACAGAUGGUCUUUCGCGUAUUCCUCGGCGACAACGACCUGUGUCGGAACCCAGCCUGGCUCAGCCUCAUGGAGGAGUUCGUGGAAGAGCUAUUCGUUGCGGCGCAUGCGUUGCGCCGAUGGCCCCCGCCCACGAGACGUCUGGCUUCCUGGUUUCUUCCGAGCUGUCGCAAGGCGCGGGCGCAUCUUCACGAAGCUACACAGUAUCUGCAGCCGCUGCUGGAUCAACAGUUUGGCCCUGGCUCGGGCAAUGAGAAGGGCGAUGCGGAUGUAAAUGGGCUGAGCUGGCUACAGGAGGCGAGCAAAGGCAAUGCGUAUGACUUUACGACAUUGUUGAUCACACUUGCGCUGGCGUCGCUGGAUACAUCCUCCGACUUGCUUGCGAAACUCAUCUGUGAUCUCUCCGGCGAUCCGAAGCUGGUGGCUGACCUGAGGAAGGAGAUCAUCGAGGUGGUUGGAAAGGAGGGAUUAACCAAUUCGUCCCUACAGAAGCUAUACCUUCUCGACAGUGCGAUUAAGGAAGGUCAACGACUCAGACCACUCAGUUACGUCAACAUGCUCCGAGUCGCCAAAGAGAAAGUAGUCCUACCCGACGGACUAACCAUCCCGAAGGGAACCGCGGUCAUGGUCUCAGCAUGCCAUAUGAUGGACGCCUCGGUCUGGCCGGACGGCGACAAAUACGACGGGUACCGGUUUGCCAAUCUGCGCAAAACGGAGAAGAAUUCCGCGCUGAGCCCUUACCAACUGACCGCAACGAGUCCGAAUCAUAUGGGCUUUGGAUACGGAAAACAGGCCUGUCCUGGAAGACACUACGCUGCUGCUUUUGGUAAGGUAGCGUUGUGUCAUAUUCUGUUGAAGUAUGAUUUCGAUAUGGUAUCGCCGGAACAAAGUCGUAUUGAGACGCGUGGACACAACCUGUUACCGAAUUCAAAGAUCGAAAUCAAGCUUAGACGACGGGAGGAGGAGAUCCGUUUGUGA